AUGCUCCGCUUGAGCACCUUCCGUCCUGCAGCCGUUGUCCGACCACCCAUCCGAGUCCCUGUGCAGCGCGCUGCUUUCUCUGUUUCUGCCGCACGCCUAUCCGGCAAGAAACGCGACGAGAAGAUCAAUUACAACCGUGUCUCAUUCUCAGAGAGCCCGAAAGCCGAAUAUGCCAACUUCCGACGCGUCACAGCGAACGACCUGGAGAAGCUCACGUCACCUCCAACAGAGGUGAAGAUGCUCGUGCGAGAGUUCAUCGAAGACUCUCUCUAUAACCCAAACUAUGGAUAUUUUCCUCGCCAGGCGACAAUUUUUACCGCCACGGACCCCAUCAACUUCAAUGCCAUGCGCAACGCGGCCCAGUUCCAGGAGGAGGUCGCUAAGCGGUAUCAAACAUUUGAGGUGGACGAGGAGGGGCCAGGCAGGCAGAUCUGGCAUACACCGACGGAAUUGUUCAAGCCAUGGUACGGCCAGGCGAUUGCACAGUGCCUCGUUGCGGAGUAUCUGCUCAAAUACUUCCCGUAUGAAGACCUUGUUAUUUACGAGAUUGGUGCUGGUAACGGUACCCUUGCGCGGGACAUACUGGACUAUCUCCGGGACGUUCAUCCCGAAGUAUACGACCGGACACGCUACAAUAUCGUUGAGAUUAGCGGAAACCUGGCGAACCUGCAGCGGAAAUUGUUGUGCGAGGAGCACCCGUGCGUGAAGGUCAAUCAUAGAAGUAUAUUCAAGUGGGAUACACCAGAGCCCUCGCCAUGUUUCUUCCUUGCGAUGGAAGUCAUCGACAACUUCGCCCACGACAUUAUACGUUAUGAUAUCAAAACUCUAGAGCCGUAUCAAGGCUGGGUGACCAUCGACAAGCAUGGAGACUUCGACAUGUACUUUUCACGGGUCACAGACCCUCUGAUCUCGUCUUUCCUUGCGCUCCGACGGCGCUUGGCUCACCCUCCACCGCUAUCACGACUGUUGAAGAUGGACAGGCUUCGAUCCGUGUACGCAAAACUGCCAUUUGCCCCCAAUCUCACAGCACCGGAAUAUAUCCCAACUCGCUCUCUGACGCUCCUCCGUACCCUUCGCCAGCACUUCCCACGGCAUCGGCUACUCCUUUCGGACUUCUCAUCGCUGCCAGACACAGUUCCCGGUGUGUGCGGCCCGGUAGUGCAGACGCGCGUGAAGAGCACGUCAGUCCCGUGUGAGACGAUACUCGUCAAGCAGGGCUACUUCGACAUCUUUUUUCCGACGGACUUCGGCAGGCUGUGCGACAUGUACGAGCACGUGCUCACGGAGCCGAAUCCGUCCGGCGUGCCCUACGACCCGCGCAUCUCGCCGCUGACGACGAGUGUGUCCCCGCUCGCGGCCGGUGCGAACUUCUUCUCAUCGUACCACCCCAAGAGCCGCCGCCCGCCAAUUGACGGCGUCGCGUCCUCGAGCGGGCUGCCUGUCGGGGAGCGCAAGUCGCAGGUGUACACCCACGCGGAGUUUCUGGAGACGUACGCGGACUUGGAACGGACAAAGCUGAAGAGCGGAGAGAACCCGAUGCUGGAUUACUACCAGAAUGUUAAGUUCUUAUUUUAG